AUGUCUAACUAUAUUCAAGUGGAUACGAAAGAGACGGGAUUGCUAAUCGGAUCCGGGCGAAAUGACGUCACCGCCACCUGCGGCGACUGUUGUCCGGAUUGGUCUCCUGAGGUCCACAAGGUCCGGCCUCACAUCCAGACUGGAUAUAAAGACCCGCAAUGGCAGUCGAACCGAGAGACUCUGGCAGCGAGACCUCGACACGACCAGAUCCACACGAUCCGACCGUCCUCCUCCCGAGGGUCUCCCGCAGGUACCAGUCAGCGGUAUGCGGAGGUGAAGUCCGCGGAGUUUGGAGAACCAGGUCCGGAGGGAGUGCAACGGCGUGAGUACCCGGACAGAGGUGCCCAGCAGCGGGUGCAGUCGAGGCCAAGCACGGGGACACACCUGCUGGUGGACCCUCGCAGAGCUGGAGCAGGAGCUGUCCGGUUCAACUGUAAAAACCGCCCCAUCGACCUGGUCUUCAUCAUCGACAGCUCUCGCAGCGUGAGACCUGCGGAGUUCGAGAAGGCCAAAGAGUUCCUGCAGCUCAUGGUGGAAAACCUGGAGAUCGGUUCAGAUGCCACCCGAGUGGGCCUGGUCAACUACGCCAGCACCGUGAAGAUCGAGUUCCAUCUGAAGACCUACUUCGACAAGUCGGCGUUGAAGCAAGCUCUGGGUCGGGUGGAGCCUCUCGCGUCAGGCACCAUGACCGGCGUGGCCAUCAAGGAAGCCAUGGAGAAGGCUUUCAUCCCAGAAGCGGGAGCUCGCACCAGCUCCAGGAACAUCGCCAAAGUGGCCAUCAUCGUGACCGACGGCAGGCCGCAGGACCGGGUGGAGGAGGUCUCUGCUGCGGCUCGGGCGGCGGGGAUCGAGAUCUACGCGGUGGGGGUGGACAGGGCUGAUAUGAUGUCCCUCCGCCAGAUGGCCAGUCCCCCUCUGGACGACCACGUCUUCUACGUGGAGAACUACGGGGUCAUGGAGAAGCUGACCUCCAAGUUUAGGGAAACCCUGUGCGGUUUGGAUCCCUGCGCUAAGGGACACAACUGCCAACACAUUUGUGUCAACAAUGGAAACUCGUACCGCUGCAAGUGUCGCGCUGGAUACGAGCUGAACCCCGACAAAAGAACAUGCUCACGUGAAGCCGCCGCCCCUUCAGGGUCAGAUCUGUGCGCACGAGGCCAUGAUUGUCAGCACAUUUGUGAGAAUAGAGACGACUCAUAUAUCUGCCGGUGUCAUGUGGGAUAUAUGCUAAACUCAGACCAAAAAACCUGCUCACGUGAAGCCGCCGCCCCUUCAAGUUCAGAUCUGUGCGAGCGAGGGCACGAUUGUCAGCACAUUUGUGAGAAUAGAGACGACUCAUAUAUCUGCCGGUGUCAUGUGGGAUAUAUGCUAAACUCAGACCAAAAAACCUGCUCACGCGCUGACAAGUGUGUGCAGGGACACGACUGCCAGCACAUUUGUCUCAGCUCUGGUGACUCAUUUGUCUGCAAGUGUCAGUCUGGUUACCAACUGAAUCCAGACCAGAAAACAUGCUCACGUGCCGGCGCCGACAUGUGCGCCAGGGGACACGACUGCCAGCACAUUUGUGUCAACAAUUUGAACUCCUACGUCUGCAAGUGUCGGGCUGGAUAUGUCCUGAACGGAGAUCAGAAAACCUGCUCACAGGAAAUGAGAAGCGAGGUCUCUGAGGACGCCUGCAUGUGCGAAGCCCAGAUCAUAUUCCAGAAGAAAGUGCAGUCCACACUUCAGGAUCUGAAUGAAAAACUGGAUGAACUCACAAGCAAAUUGAAACUGAUGGAAGAACAGGAGCAGUAUUGAGUCAAGUUACUUGGUGUGUGUUGUGCUUCGUGUUGGCGGCAAAUCAAACGGACCUGUAAAUAUUAAGAUCACAUUACUGCAUGCUCACCGCUCCGACUGAACUCCACAUGUCAGUGGGGAACAAAGUUCUCGUUCAUGCGGUCGAUUGUGUAACAGGAUCAUUGUUAAUCGCAACGGGGACGAAAUAAAGCUGAUCCACUUAACACACGCUUGAGUAGUAAAUACCUCAGUUGGAGGGAAAAAAAUGCUGCAUUGUGUUACAUUUCUGUUCCAUCAAUAUUUAUCUGAAUAAUAUCUUUUUCAUGGUACAGUAUUUGGCUUUUUUUUUUUAAUCAAUAUAUUAUAUGGCCAGAAACUGUAUUACUGUACUGUACAUGAACAUGGUGCUC